CUGAAUUCUUCAACUCUCAUUUCAUUUCCCCCUUUGGCUUUUCAUCGCCAUCUCUCUCUCUCUCUCUCUCCACUUCUACUAUACCUGUCUUCACCGCCAGAAGCAGAGCUUGGCUAACUCGUCGAGAUGAGCGGUCACGACUCCAAGUAUUUCUCCACUACCAAAAAGGGUGAAAUUCCCGAGCUCAAAGAAGAACUCAAUUCACAGUACAAGGAUAAGAGAAAGGAUGCAGUUAAGAAGGUGAUUGCCGCAAUGACAGUAGGAAAGGAUGUUUCCUCACUCUUUACAGAUGUUGUGAAUUGUAUGCAAACAGAAAAUUUGGAGCUGAAAAAGCUUGUGUAUUUGUAUCUCAUCAACUACGCAAAGAGCCAGCCUGAUCUUGCUAUUCUUGCCGUAAAUACAUUUGUGAAGGAUUCUCAGGACCCAAAUCCUCUGAUCCGUGCUUUAGCUGUGAGGACAAUGGGAUGCAUUCGUGUUGAUAAAAUCACAGAGUAUCUUUGUGAUCCUUUGCAGCGCUGUCUCAAGGAUGAUGAUCCAUAUGUGAGGAAGACAGCUGCUAUAUGUGUUGCUAAACUUUAUGACAUUAAUGCUGAGUUAGUGGAGGAUAGAGGUUUUCUGGAUGCUCUCAAGGAUUUGAUAUCAGACAACAACCCCAUGGUUGUUGCAAAUGCUGUCGCUUCACUUGCGGAGAUUCAAGAGCACAGCAGCAGACCUAUCUUUGAGAUAACCAGCCACACGCUUUCAAAGCUUCUCACUGCUCUAAAUGAAUGCACAGAGUGGGGUCAAGUUUUCAUUUUGGAUGCUCUUUCCAAGUAUAAAGCAGUGGAUGCCCGUGAAUCUGAAAAUAUAGUGGAGCGAGUUACACCUCGAUUACAGCAUGCAAAUUGUGCUGUUGUUCUUUCAGCUGUCAAGAUGAUUCUUUUGCAAAUGGAACUGAUCACCAGCACAGAUGUAGUCAGAAACCUAUGCAAGAAAAUGGCCCCACCUCUUGUGACAUUGCUUUCUGCUGAACCAGAGAUUCAGUAUGUUGCAUUACGUAAUAUAAACCUUAUUGUGCAAAAGCGUCCCACUAUUCUUGCCCAUGAAAUCAAGGUGUUCUUUUGCAAAUACAAUGAUCCAAUUUAUGUAAAGAUGGAGAAGUUGGAAAUUAUGAUAAAGCUUGCUUCAGACAGGAAUAUUGACCAAGUCCUAUUGGAGUUCAAAGAAUAUGCUACGGAAGUAGAUGUAGAUUUUGUCAGAAAAGCUGUCCGUGCUAUUGGACGAUGCGCCAUCAAGUUGGAGAGAGCAGCUGAGCGUUGUAUCAGUGUCUUACUUGAGUUGAUCAAGAUCAAAGUAAACUAUGUUGUUCAAGAAGCUAUAAUUGUGAUUAAAGAUAUAUUUAGGAGAUAUCCAAACACCUACGAGUCCAUAAUUGCUACACUUUGCGAGAGCUUAGACACCUUGGAUGAGCCAGAGGCAAAGGCAUCAAUGAUCUGGAUUAUUGGUGAAUAUGCUGAAAGAAUUGAUAAUGCUGAUGAGCUUUUGGAAAGCUUUUUGGAAACUUUUCCGGAGGAACCUCCACAAGUCCAGUUGCAAUUGCUAACAGCAACAGUUAAACUUUUCCUAAAGAAGCCUACUGAAGGCCCACAACAGAUGAUACAGGUUGUUCUGAAUAAUGCAACUGUCGAGACUGAUAACCCAGAUCUUAGAGAUCGUGCAUAUAUAUAUUGGCGACUCCUCUCGACUGAUCCAGAGGCAGCAAAGGAUGUUGUCUUAGCUGAAAAGCCUGUGAUCAGUGAUGACUCUAAUCAACUUGACCCCUCUCUCCUGGAUGAGCUUCUUGCCAACAUUGCCACAUUGUCCUCCGUCUACCACAAGCCACCAGAUGCAUUUGUGACUCGUGUGAAAACCAUUCAGAAAACAGAAGAAGAGGAGUACCCUGAUGGUGAAGGAGGCUAUUCCGAAUCUCAUUCUCAUGCAGCUGCUACAGGUGCAUCGCCACCACAAACCACAAGUAAUGCGCAAUCCUCUGCUGGUAGAUCACAGGCUACUCCUGCACCUGUACCUGAUUUGCUUGACCUGAUGGGCAUGGAUAAUAGCAGUGCCAUUGUAUCAGCUGAUCCCACGACCCCAGCUGGACCCUCCUUGCCAGUUGUGUUACCUGCAGCUACCAGUCAAGGCCUACAAAUAAAUGCUCAGCUGAUAAGGAGAGAUGGCCAGGUAUUCUACAGCAUGUUACUCGAGAAUAAUUCUCAGGUUCCACUUGAUGGGUUUAUGAUCCAGUUCAACAAGAACACAUUUGGUCUUGCAGCAGGUGGACCUCUGCAGGUUCCACCAAUACAACCUGGGACGUCUGCAAGCACUCUUUUGCCUAUGGUUUUAUUCCAGAACGUAUCUCCCGGUCCCCCAAGCUCACUUCUGCAGGUUGCUGUGAAAAAUAAUCAGCAGCCUGUCUGGUAUUUCAAUGACAAAAUUCCAUUGUCUGUAUUAUUUUCAGAAGAUGGAAGAAUGGAGCGAUCCUCAUUCCUUGAGACAUGGAAAUCUUUACCUGAUUCAAAUGAGAUCUCCAAGGACUUCCCAACAUUUGUGAUGACUAGCGUCGAAGCAACAUUAGACCAACUCGCUGCAUCCAACAUGUUCUUCAUCGCCAAGCGCAAGCACUCAAAUCAGGACGUGUUGUAUCUCUCGGCCAAGAUUCCUCGAGGAAUCCCUUUCCUGAUUGAACUUACAGCAGCCGUUGGCGUCCCUGGCCUCAAAUGUGCAAUAAAAACAACAGGCCUGGAAAUGGCUCCUCUUUUCUUCGAAGCAAUGGAGAGCCUCCUCAAAAGUUAGCAGGUUAAUCGUCUCGGUCCAUUUCUCUUGAUUCCUGGGGGAUCUGUUGCAGUUUUCUUUUUUGAUAUAGGUUUUGUUAAUUUUCAUAAAUCUGCAAUCUAUGUGAUCGUAACACAUUUUCAUUGAUUAUCUACUGUAAUCUUUCUGCUAUCAAUCAAGGACCGAAUAACUCAGUAGUUAUAUGUAUUUGAUUCUUGCAUUCUA